AUGACGAUUACUCAAAUCUUCGCCGCUAUCUUUCUCUUGUUCGCACUAUACUGUGGUUUAGACCCAUUCAACCACAGUGCCAUUGCAAAUUUCCCUAAUUUUGAGGCAAAAAAGGUUCACAUGCCAGCAUGGUCUGAACUUCCUACCGAUAGAGACCAACACAACUUGCUGCAAAACUCUCAUGUUAGGUUUUUGAACCAAAUUCAAGGACCUGAGAGCAUUGUUUUUGACAAUCUUGGUCGUGGACCUUACACCGGUCUUGCUGAUGGUAGAAUCUUGUUCCUCAAUGAUGAGCAUAAUUGGGUUGAUUUUGCUUACACUUCGCCCAAUAGGUCGUUAUGUAAUCCUCUUCCUAUAGAAGCUGCAACACCAUUUAGUUAUGUGAAAACUGAACAUAUCUGUGGAAGGCCUUUAGGACUCAGAUUUCAUAAGCAAACAGGUGAAUUGUACAUUGCAGAUGCAUAUUUUGGACUCAUGAAGGUGGGGCCGGAGGGUGGCUUAGCAACGUCGCUUACAACUGAAGCUGAAGGGGUGCCUCUGAGAUUUACUAAUGAUGUUGAUGUAGAUGCCGAAGGAAAUGUUUAUUUUACCGAAAGCAGUGAAAUUUAUCAGAGGAGGAGUUUCAUUCAGCUGGUAUUUUCUGGGGAUGAUAGUGGCAAGGUUUUGAAAUACAACCCUACAACAAAGGAAACCACUGUUCUUGUGCGAAACGUUCAAUUCCCAAAUGGCAUUUCCUUAAGUAAAGAUGGUUCCUUCUUUGUUUUUUGUGAAGGGCUUAUUGGCAGGUUACGUAAAUAUUGGCUAAAAGGAGAAAAGGCUGGAACUUCAGAGAUCAUCGCGGUCCUACCUGGGGCUCCUGACAAUGUGAGGGUGAAUAAAGAUGGUCAUUUUUGGGUGGCAAUUCACUGCAGAAGAUCUAUGUAUGCAUACCUUAAUGGUUUAUAUCCAAGGAUAAGGAAAGUUAUACUCAAGCUUCCUAUACCAACAAAGUUUCAAUACCUGUUUCAAAUUGGAGGAAAACAACAAGGUGUGAUUGUGAAGUAUAGUCCCGAAGGUAAAUUGCUGCAGAUAUUGGAGGACAGUGAAGGAAAAGUUGUUAGAGCUGUGAGUGAAGUUGAGGAGAAAGAUGGUCAACUUUGGAUAGGAAGUGUUCUUAUGCCUUUUAUUGCAGUUUAUAAAUUGUAA